AUGCGUGGUUGGGAAGAUCGAGUUCGAUCUUACCUUGAAGUGCGCACACUGUUCAAUAAUAAUUUCCGUAAUCAAGAUAGACAAACACCUAUUUCAAAAUCUACAGUCGAAAGGACUGUACGGCGCUUCGCAGAAUUUGGGACUAUUAGUGAUCUUCAGAGAACUGGUCGCCCAACAUCUGUUGCAACUGAGGAGAAGCAGAUUGAAAUUGCUCAAGCAUUUAUUGAAAAUCCGCAUCUUAGUUUACGUAGAGCUGGGCAUGAGCAUGACGUUUCUCAUGAAUGCGUACGAAAAAUUCUGAAAAGCAUUCAUUUUCAUCCUUAUAUUCCUUAUAUUCAUCAUUAUAUCCAUUUGGUACAGGAGCUUAAUGAAGAUGAUCCGGAUCAUGAGGCUACUUUCACUUUAAAUGGUGAGGUUAAUAGACACAAUUGCAGAUAUUGGUCUGACUCAAAUCCUGCAUGGAUGUUGGAAAACCACACACAAUAUCCACAAAAGUUGAACGUGUGGGCUGGUAUCUUUAAUGGUACUCUUGUAGGCCCUUUCUUUAUCGACGGUAAUCUCACUGCAGCUUCAUACGAACAGUUACUUAGGGAUCAAAUAAUACAACGAAUUAGAGAGAUAGCAGGUUAUGAUUACGAUGUAACUUGGUUUCAGCAGGAUGGAGCAGCCGCUCAUUUUGGUCAAAACGUUCGAGCAUAUUUGGAUGCUCAGUUUCCUCGAAGAUGGAUUGGAAGAAGGGGUGAAAUCGAGUGGCCGGCUAGAUCUCCGGAUCUGACACCACUCGAUUACUUUCUCUGGGAUUACCUUAAGAAUAAAGUUUAUGCCACUAAACCAAACAACAUAGAGGAACUGCGCAAUUGA